UCAACUUUUCGGUGGCGGGUACUUGAAGUGGAUGAAUGCAACUACUAAUCACUUCUAACAAUGUCCGUUUGAUACACGCAAACAAUGACAGAUAAACACCCCGUAUCUAAACUCAAAAGAAGGAAAGCGUCUGUUGAAGAUGGAAAAUCAGAGCUCUAUCGAAGUUUACCAAGACAGAGCACAGGGAGUUCUCUUGGGAAACAGGAGCAGUCGAAAUGCAACUUGACAGCCGAACCGAGUAGAGCCCAGAUUGGCCUUGAGUGGUGGUCCCAGCCCGCUCUGUCACCCCUGGAUAGGGUGUGGGCCUUCACCCUUCAGGCGUUCAGUCCUAAGACGAUGGCUAUGGGCUCCUCUACCCCUGAGCUGGUGCCAGACCUCCCCCGGCCCCAUCCCCAGAGUGGUGCCAGGGAGAAGGCGGCUGAGUGGAGAUGGUGUUGCCUAGGCGACGAGGUGGGCGCUCUUCCAGAGAUGCCUCCGGUGGCAGCAGCAACAGCAACGCUCCUCACGCCCGCAGAGUGUGUGGCAGAGCCAGGGCCAGGGCCAGAACGCGUGUGUGUGGGGGCACAGUCAGACCCAGACCUUGUGUGUGGUGCGGUGGCGGUGGCGGUGGCACAGGCAGAAGCAAAGAGCAGAGAGUGUGUGCCCUCUGCUGCCCGCUCUAGCUCUGGCAUCGGCCUCGCCGCAGGUCUGCCGGUGGUGCCCCCCACCGUCGGCACGGCUCGCGGUGCUAACGCCAACGCCACUCCUCCUCCUCCUCCUUCUGCUCGCCCGUCGACCUCCUCCCGUCUCUCGGACCACGUUGGCGCCCCCCGCCACAGGCCACGUGCGCGCGGCGAUGCCAGGGCCCAGACGGGCAAGCUGCCGACUCGCCAGGAGGAAGAGGAGGGGGGUGAUGAUGAAGAUGAUGAUGGAGUGCUCCUGGAGGACUUUGACUUUGAGGAAGACGGAGAUUGGCAAAUGCCGCCGUCGCUGUCGCGCCACCACGUCUCUGUUUCCGUGCCAACUGCGUCCUCGUCUCUGUCUAGGGGACAUCGGGGCGGUGACGAAGGCCGCCGCCGAAUGACUGUUGGCAUGACAACCAGCGGCAUAGCCACUGCUACCAGCACCGCCACCACCAGCACUAGCGUGGCAUCGUUGGCACGGGCGACAGACACUCAUCCGCCCAGAGGAGCGGGAGGAUCAUCAUGCCACCCAGAGGCAGCUGCGGCAGCUGGCACCACGGGCACUGCGGCAACAGCUGGUCAGAUGCCGCUGGCACCACUGUUCCGCAGGGGCGGGAGUGGGAGUGGGCUGCAGAGAGGAGGAGGAGGAGGAGGAGGAGGAGGAGGCACCAGCAGUGCCAGGGAGGAAGAGGCUAAGCGACGGAUGCCACCCCCCACCACACAGCAGCGCACGGGCACACAUUUGCCCUCCUCCACCCCCUCCUCCUCCUCCUCCUCUUCUUCCUGGGCCACCCACGGUCCAACCACCCCCUCCUCUUCCUCCAACAACCAUGGCACGAACACCACCCCCUAUACUUCGUCAUUGAACACCCGUCAACCUCCCUCUUCCUCUUCUUCCUCCUCCUCGGCCAUUCAUGGUAUCUCCUCCUCCUCCUCCUCCAACACCACCUUAUCCAACACUCAUGCCUCCUCCUCCACCUCCUCUUCCUACUACUCCUCAUCCAACACUCGUGCUGCCCCCACCUCCACAUCAGCUACUGGGGCUCCCCCCACCUCCUCAUCUGCCACCCGUGCCCUCUCCACCUCCUCCUACUUCUCCUCCUCCUCCUCCUCAUCAAAGGCCCAUGCCCAGCGCUCCUCCACCUCCACAGCCACCUCAGCAGCUCAGGGCCAGGGGCCGUCCACGUCCACGUCCGGGCAGGCGAUGCUGGACUGCUGCCCAAUGUGUCUCAUGCCGUUCCCCAAAGGGUUCUCCCAGAUGGACAGUGACAGUCAUCUUGCCCAGUGCCUGUCCGAGAUGACCACAGACAUGGUCUGGUGACACCCCCCCCCCCCAC